CGAGUUUUUAAGAGUUAGAAUUGAUCUUCUUGUCCUAACAACGAAAGGAAAUUAUCAGUACCGGAGUAGUAAAGUGCCAGUGAUGCAAUCAUGGUUCCAUUUUGAACUCCAAUAGACUCACUUUCCUGUAGUCUCCAAAGUCCAAUGGCGGCCUCAUUUGUUCCCCUUCAUCAUGUCAGUGGGUGCUUCACCUAUGCUUGUCCAGAAAGAGAAUAUCGUCGUACUCAUUUUCAUAGUCAUGGGUGGUCACCAGCACCAGCGACCAAGUAUCGUUUGAGACCCAUUAAUGCUUCGGUUGGAACUCCUUCGUUUCCACUCUUUCAGCCUACCCCAGUUCAAGAAUCUCCUUCUCAGUUGGAGCCUGCGGACCCUGAUUUCUACAAGAUAGGUUAUGUUCGAAGUAUGAGAGCUUAUGGAAUUGAGUUUAAGGAAGGUCCUGAUGGUUUUGGAGUCUAUGCCUCCAAAGAUGUUGAACCUCUUCGUCGUGCUAGAGUAAUUAUGGAAAUACCUUUGGAAUUGAUGUUGACAAUAAGGCAGAAGUUGCCAUGGAUGUUCUUCCCGGAUAUAGUGCCACUAGGUCAUCCCAUAUUUGAUAUCAUAAACUCAACCAAUCCUGAGACAGAUUGGGAUCUGAGAUUGGCAUGCCUUCUCUUGUAUGCAUUUGAUAAGGAGGAUAACUUUUGGCAACUAUAUGGAGACUUCUUACCUAGUGCUGAUGAGUGCACUAGCUUGCUUCUUGCUACUGAGGACGACCUCUCACAGCUGCAGGAUCCUGAUCUUGUUUCAACUAUGAAAAAUCAACAAUUAAGAGCCUUAGAAUUUUGGGAAAAGAACUGGCAUUCCGGUGUUCCUCUGAAAAUAAAGCGCCUUGCUCGUGAUCCUGAGAGAUUCAUUUGGGCUGUUAGCAUUGCACAGUCACGAUGCAUUAACAUGCAAGUUAGGAUCGGUGCACUAGUUCAAGAUGCAAAUAUGCUAAUUCCCUAUGCUGACAUGCUAAAUCAUUCAUUUCAGCCAAACUGUUUUCUCCAUUGGCGUUUUAAGGAUCGCAUGGUUGAGGUGAUGAUAAACGCUGGACAGAGGAUUAGAAAAGGAGAGGAGAUGACCAUCAAUUACAUGAAUGGACAGCAAAAUCAGAUGCUCAUGCAACGAUAUGGAUUCUCAUCAUCUGUGAAUCCUUGGGAUUCAAUACCAUUCUCCGGCAACGCACAUGUUCACUUGGACUCUUUCUUGUCGGUCUUCAAUAUAUCUGGUCUCCCUGGAGAGUAUUAUCAUAACAGUCAGUUAGCAGAUAAAGGAGAUAAUUUUGUUGACGGGGCAGUCAUAGCUGCUGCAAGAACAUUGCCCACAUGGUCAGAUGGCGAUGUUCCGCUGAUCCCUAGCAUGGAAAGGAAAGCUGUGAAGGAGUUACAAGAAGAAUGUCAGCAGAUCCUUGCACAGUUUCCUACAACUUCCGCGCAAGACCAAAAAUUACUAGAAUCUAUGCCAGAAGCAAGGAGGACACUUGAAACAGCAAUCAAGUACAGAUUGCACCGGAAACUAUUCAUCGAGAAGGUUAUCGAGGCAUUGGACAUCUAUCAAGAGCGUAUAUUGUUUUAGAUUAGUUUUUAACUCGAUAGGAUUUUAGACAGUUUACUAUUGAACUCUUAUAGGAUGUUUGAUACGAUGGAAUGUUAUCAUUUUUCAAUAAAUUUAACAAAAAUUAGUUGAUUUUCUUUCGAA